CAUUAACCAAACAUCUGUUUUCUUCAUUUUCUGUAUACAACUUUAUCGAAAAGUGCAUAAAGCAAAAUGCAAUUCAUAUAAACUAACUGAAAAUAAGAAAAUAAUAUAAACUAGUGAAGUGCACGAGCCGCAAAAUGUCGCAAGUGACGUCGUCAACGACACAGAGUGCAUCCGCUGCCCAAGCGGGCAGACGGUUGCCCAACAACGAUGCUGCUGUUUGCGUGGGCGUCGCUGGCGGUGGCUACGGCGAAACAGAGUGGGAGGCGCGUGAGUCCCAGCGACAACGGGAGUUGCAUGAGGCACGGGCCAGAGCCGCACAGAUGGAGAAGACCAUGAAGUGGUGGUCGGAUUGCACUGCCAACUGGCGCGAGAAGUGGAGUAAGGUUCGCAACGAGCGUAACAAGGCUCGCGAGGAAUCUAAGCAAUUAAACAUUAAACUGGACGUCGCCAUGAAGGAGGCACAUUCGCUAAAACGUGAGAAAAAUGAUCUGGAGCUGCAGAUAACGCAGCUUAAAAAGGAAAUGGAAAAUGUGCACUCCCUGAUGAUGAAACAUGCCGGACAAUUUCAUCGCGCCGAUACUAAUGAAGAUGCCGAAGCCAAUGGACGUGAUGCCAAUUGUUCACCAGACAUUUCGUCAGAUGGCUUGAAGAAUGUCAAUAGUGAAGAUGGUUUGGUCACUAAGCUACCCAAUGAUGUCAAAGAUUUAGACAUUGAAGAGUUUGCCCUAAAGGGCGCCAUGCCCAAACAUUUAAGCGAACUGGAUGAAGCGGCAGCUGCCGAGGAAAAGCGUUUGAUACAACAACUAUCCAAGGAUGAUUUCGAUGAGGAUUAUCUGCUGCAAAAGAUAUCCAUGCUCCAGUUGCGCUUGGAUGAGGCUCAAAAGACUCUGCAGGCAGAGCGAGAUGAAAAACACGAACUACACAAGAGCAUAGAGAAACUGGCUCUGGAACUGCAGGAUGUGCGUGGACGGCAGGAAGAGCUACGUUCGGCCAAACAGGAGGCAGUUCGUGAGCUGCUUACACUCCAGGAGCAACAUCGCGCCGAGAUGCGUAUUGUCAACAACUCGCUCCAAGAAGAAAUUGCUGCGCGUGAAAAUCUGGAGCGUCGUCUUAGUGAACUACGCACAGAACUGGAACAUUUACAGGCCGAGAACGCUUCGGAAUGGGGCAAGCGGGAACGUUUGGAAUCUGAGAAGUUGGCGCUGGAGCGCGACAAUAAAAAGUUGCGCGCUGAACUUCGUGACUAUCAGGAACGCUCUGAUCGAAAGUGUCGUCCCAUGCAAGCCAACGAUGUGGAGUUGCGUGCGCUGCAGCAGGAGUUGUCUGAGAGAAAUAAGGAAAUCAGCGAGGUCAAAAUGUCGCAUGCCAAACUCAAGAAACUGCUGGCCGAAACAAACACUGAACUGGGUCAUGCAGUGCGACGGGCGGAACAAUAUGAGGCGGAGGUAAAACGACUUCGACAACGCGUUGAGGAGCUCAAACGUGAAUUGGCUGGUGCCGAGGAUGAGUUGGACUCGGCAGUUAACCAAGUGCGACGCUUACAGCGCAGCAAUGAUGAGUUAGUGGGUCAAACUGAGGGGCUUCAGGUGCAAAUACAACAUCUGCAAAACAGACGUGCACCAAGUCCACAACUGCGUGGUUUGGGUGGAGUGCAGUUGCGUAAUAAGAUUGCUGUCGAGUUGCCCAAUGAUUGUCUGCCCAACAUCAAUGAUCUGCGUCAGAUCUUUGACGAUACUCAGGCGGGUUUGCGUAGCUCCCACAAUGGCAGCGAUUCGGUGUCAGCUCAUCAUGCAGCAGCGGUCAAGCGUUCCAGUCACACGGAGCGCACGCUGUUGCAGCAACAGCAGAGCAAUGCGGCAGCAGCUGCCGCGGCAACAGCAGCAGCAGCAGCGGCUGCGGCGGCUUAUUUUGAUGCCAAGACAUCGCAUUUCGAGGAGAACAUCUUUGAGGCAAAGUCGCGUAAUUUGGAAUUUGAGCGAGCCAAGCAGAAGUUUGAUAAUCCCCAUGGGCAGCAUCAUCAUCAGCACCAUCAAAGGCAACAGCGUUCGUCGGCCGGACGCUACAAUAGCGCUGGCAGCAACAGCAGCAGCGGAAAUCGAGCUAAUCUCGCCUUGCCGCUCAAAUGUAUGACAAAUAGUGGCGGCAACACAACGGCAUCGAAUAAGGAUGAUAUCAAUAGGCAGCUGUAUGAGGCACACGAUAAGGAGCAGACAGCUGCUGGCUAUGCUCGCAAUAGUAUUAAUUUAGAUGGUCUAAAGGUAUCCGAUGACGAGACUCCGUAGCUAUGGCUCGACAAGUUUGCUGCUGGACGAUGAAACGGAAGGGAAUAGCGAUUGAUCGAACAACAAAUUUCAAGAUGCUUCGAUUGCAGUUUAUGGUAUUAAAUAUAUUAGUAUUAACUUUUCCAAUCAUAGCCCUUUGGCUAUUGUUCUCAAGCAAUUUGAAGCAGAAGUUCUUUGUUCCUUAAUUCUUUCGUAUAUAGAACAUAUUUAUAUGAAGAUUAAUAGCAUACAUUUACUUCGAAAUACGUCAUAUUCUAAGUAGAUCCCUGAAGUACAACGACCAAGAUUACAUUAGAAAUGGCAUUAAGUUUCUUUCAUAGAUUUUGAUAUAUGUAUUUCUGGCUGAUUUUUACAAUUGUCUGUCUAAAUAUAUGGAUAUAUAGAUUGGUUUCCUGUGGGAGCAUUAAUUAAUAGGAUCAAAGCGCUAGAACUUGUAUUAAUCAGACUUCGCAAACAUUUCACUGCAUGUUAGUUACCCAUUUCUAUACUUCGAGUACGCCGAAUUAUUAAAUUUUAGAUGGCCAGAGAUCUCCUUAAUCUCGGCUAACAUGCAUAAACUUAGCACAAAUAGAAAUUCAUUCUUCUAUACGUAAAAUAAUGGGCGUAAAAUACAGGUUACAAUUUUGAAUAAAUAAUUACAUUUACAAAGAUAGUGCCAGAUAUUAAAACAACCUUGAUGAGAUUGACUUUAUAGCUGACUUCAAUAUACUCUUUGAAAAGUUGCGAAUUUUGUGUGGAAAUGUUUAAACUUGAGUAGAUAAUUUCUUUGAUUUCCCUGGGGGAAGUGAAUCAAAAUACGUACGCUUGUGCCUCUAUCGAUGUUGUCAAGUUUUCGGCAUCUUCUUUCUAGUCUAGAAGUUCUAGACUUCUUGCCAAGGUUCGCAACUGCUGUUAAGGGAAUAUUGUAAAUUCGAACUGUUAAGAAUAUUUAAUACAAAAAACAUAAUGUAUUAAUUUAUAGCAAUAUUAGUAUUCUAUUAAUACUUUAAUUCUAAUUAAUAUGGAUAAACUAUUAACAAUACUUAUAUACAUACUUAAUAUACAAAUUACAUAUGCCUAUCACUUUUGGUAUGUUACAAAUAAAUUAAACGCUAAUCAUAA